GAUGAUGUAUCUGCUCAAAUAUGUAAGAACUUUUCGGCACCAGCUGAACAGUUGGCAGCAAGCAUUCGCAAUGGCCUUGAAAUUAUUGGUAGUCACCGCCAUAGUUCAGCUUUGAGGAGGUCGUCAUUCAGGUUUUCAUUGAAACCUUCAGAGUCUAGGCUGAUUUUGCCAGUUUCUAAAGCUGAUGUGGGUGUGCAAACUAGUCAUGAAAUAGUUGAAGAAGAUUCAGUGGAAUUUAUGUGUAAUAAUUGCAAGAACAGAAUGCAGCUAGAGGUCAAGGAGGUCAAUGAAAUUUCAGAUCUGCAAUUAGUAACUGUCGAUGGGUCAGAGUCUGCUGACAAAUCCAAGAUACAAGUUCCCAAAGCUGUGGAGAAGGUUUUAGCUGGAGCUAUUAGGAGAGAAAUGGCAUUAGAAGACAUAUGUGCCAAGAAAACUUCUGAGAUAAUGCAGCUCAACCGUUUGGUGCAGCAGUACAAGCAUGAGAGAGAAUGCAAUGCCAUUAUAGCCCAGACAAGGGAGGAUAAAAUUCUACGCCUUGAGAGCCUUAUGGAUGGCGUUUUACCCACUGAGGAGUUCAUGGAGGAAGAGCUAGUGUCUCUCACACAUGAGUAUAAGCUUUUGAAGGAAAAAUACGAGAAUCACCCAGAACUUUUGAGGACAAAGAUUGAAUUGAAAAGAGUUCAAGAUGAGCUGGACAAUUUACGAAGUUUCUGUGAUAUGGGUGAAAGGGAAGUGUUGUUGGAAGAGAUUCAAGACUUGAGAAGCCAGCUACAGUAUUAUGUGGACUGUUCAUCCACAUCAGCCCGGACACGGAAGUCUAUGCUGCAGUUGACCUAUUCACGUGACCCCAAUGUGGCUCCUCUUAGUACAAUUCCAGAGUCAACUGAGGAAAGUGCUGAACAGAAACUUGAACAAGAGAGAAAACGGUGGACUGAGGUAGAGAGUAACUGGAUUUCUCUGGCUGAAGAGUUGAAAGUUGAACUUGAGGCCAGCAGAUCAUUGGCUGAAAAGACAAUGCAAGAAUUAGAAACUGAGAAGAAAUGUGCAGAAGAGCUCAAGGAAGCAAUGCAACUUGCGAUGGAGGGGCAAGCACGAAUGUUGGAGCAGUAUGCAGAUUUGGAAGAGAAACAUAUGCAACUGCUUGCAAGGCAUAGAACAAUACGGGAUGGAGUGGAGGAUGUGAAGAAAGCAGCUUCUAAGGCUGGAGUCAGGGGUGCUGAGUCAAAGUUCAUAAAUGCUCUCGCUGCAGAAAUUUCAGCAUUGAGAGUAGAAAGAGAAAGAGAGAGGAGAUAUCUUAGGGAUGAAAAUAAGGGGCUUCAGGCACAAUUGCGGGAUACUGCUGAAGCUGUGCAGGCUGCAGGGGAAUUACUUGUGCGACUCAAAGAAGCAGAUGAGGCUGUUGCUACUGCUCAGGUAUGUUAAAAUGUGGUUUUCUGU